AAUCCCUGGAGAACUCCCUGGAGAUGAAGAUAUACUCGCACCAGUCUCUUGACGAGCGGGAUUUUCAAAUGAGUAAGAGACACUAUGAACUUCCUUAAACGCAAACGAAAUUCCAACGACCAGGAGCGCAUCGAUGCAGAAAGUGAGCCUAAAAAGCUGAGAACUGUUGUUUCACUUGUGAGGAAAGUCGGGAACACAGUGAAACAGAAGUUGAAUGUGGCUCUGAAGGCACUGACGUCACGAACAUAUUCACAGGAUGUAAAGUCAAUCCUAUUCACAACACCUGCUGGCCCACUGAGGUCCGCAAGAUAUAUUAUGACACCAGCAGUUCCAUUCAGUGCUGCAACAUCAUCGCUUGAAUGGCGGAACCAUUCUUACUAUGUUUUAGACAGCACCAUCAGUGUGACAGAGAGCCAUCAUCAUGAGUUUAAAACAGGGGGUGGAAGCUACCCAAUUACAAUUUUACCAGAGCAUAUUCAGAAGUAUGGAAGUGCUUUUUUGAACACAGAUGGUGGUGUACUUAUUGCAGGAGUCCUUGACAAUGGUACUGUCCGUGGUGUUCAUUGCCCACCAAGAAUGCAAACUAAUAUCAGGGCAACUAUCAGGCAAGAAUUUGAGAAGUUUAUUCCUUGUGUGGAUCAUUCUUUAUACAAGGUGAAAUUUGUACCCGUAAUUUAUCAGCCAACACUAAGAGUAAGAAGAGAGGGGCGAUAUAUGUACGUAGCAGAUGUAUUUGUGAUAGAGAUCUCUGUUAAGGCUGGUGUCAAAGGUGAACUGUAUGAGACCAGGAAAAACCAGGUAAAAUAGGAGACAAAUGGCAUCCUUACUUUUUUCAAUAUUUUCACAAGUGUUCAUUUAACGGUCAUUUGGCAUGUGUUCACUAUUUGUGGAAAUCACAAAUUAAAUCUGCUCUAAGCUUAAAUUCACAUGUUGAAUGCAGGGGAAAAAAAACAGA